AUGACAGCCGCCCGACAAGACAAGUCGUCAUCAUCAACUUGUAAGCCACAACAUCUGCCACCUGUCAAGAUUAGCUGUCAAGAUGUGCUGCAAUAUUUUGAAAUGAAUUUUAAUGCUUUCAUUGAUUAUCCACCAGCACGGCAAUGCUUUUUCACAUUUCUUGAGUCGACGCAUAAUACAGAAAUCACACUUUUUCUCGAGCAAAUUGAAAUUUUCAAAUCUCUUCAUUCUUCACAAUACAAUAUUUGCAGUCAAUCCAAUUCCACUUCCACAGCUGAAUCGAACACUUCGAGCACAAGUUCGAAACAGUCUGAUAGUUAUUUCGAUCACGAGACAGCGGAAGAUAUUUUCGAAUAUCAUCUUCAUGGAGCUCCAACACUCUCUCAAGCUGCUUUAUUGAAAGCAUGUGAAAUUGCAGAUACAUUUAUUCAAGAUCAUGCACCUAAUGAAUUAAAUUUGAAAAGUGACACGAAAAAAAAAAUUUUGGAGAAAAUUGAAAAGAAUCGAAAUUUUUAUGGAUUGAAUUCUCAACGAGAGGAGGACGACGAUGUGAAUGGAAAGCAAGUUUCUGCAGUUCCAUUUCUGGAUGCAACAAUUUUUGAUGAUUUGGAAGCUCAUAUUUUACUUUCCCUUAAAUCCAACCAAUUUGGAAAUUUUUUGGCAAGUGACAUUUUCAAAAAUUUUGUUGAAAAUGUAUCGAUAGAGACUCUUUUCAUUUUGGGAACUCCAAGAAAGGGAGUAUCUAGUACAGGAGGUGUUGACUUUUUACAACUCCUCAAUUCCAAACAUUCUCAAAAGACUUUUUCAACUCGAAUUUCCAUCAAUUCAUACAACAUUUUCACACACAGUGAGGCCUUAACACUUCGAGAAGUUCAAUAUUUGAGAAAUACUCUUCUCCAAUACGAUCAUUCCUCUCCAAUUUGGACGUUAUUGUCCUAUUCGAAAGAACAGGAAAUUUACGCGACUGUGAUGGAUGGAGAUUCAUUUUGUGAACAAUUAUUCGGAAGGAAAGAUAUCAUGUUCUACAAAUCAGUAACUCAUUAUCCGUAUGGAUCUGAUCGAGUGUACAAAGCUCUAAUUGAUUUUGAAUUUAGAAAGUCUCACACUACAGAACCAGUGAGUUCGAGUGAAAUUUCGAAAUACAUUUCUGGAAAUGUAGCAUCAUCGAAUUCACUGCAUUCUUCUGUAUCCACAGGAUGUUCGAAUCAACAAUUAGAUACAGUGAUUUUGUCAGAAUUGUAUGAAAUGAAAUGGCCAAUUAGAAAUCGAGAAUUUGUGACAAGUUGUGCAGGAGUUCGAGUCACUACUUAUAUUCAUCCUUCCAAUUCGAAUUCUUCUGCCACAUCGAUGUCACUCAUCUCUAAUCAGACAUCUACCAAUCAUGCUUCAACCAAUCAUAAUAAUGGUAACACAAAAGACACCAUUGGUACUACCUCCAAUUUGGAUACUUUUUAUUUCUUCAAAAAGUCAUGCAAUCACCAAAAUAUUAUUGACUUGCAACAAGUGUUGAAUUCUGACAAGGCAUUGCUCAUUGGUGGAGUACUUUUCAAUAAUUCUUUAUCCACCACUGCCAACUCUAAAUUUAAAAACACAGUUCAAGGAUAUUGUUUGAGUGCACUCAAAGUGGAACCAACCUCUUCCACGUCAUGUAAAUCGACACAUGUCAUGUUUGUGGAUAUGAAAGGAUUAUUAACUCAAAAUUGGGCUCAGAAAAUUUUAACACACAAAUCCAAGAGUGGUAAAAAACAUGUCACUCUUUUGAAAACUCCACAACAGGAAAUGGCUCAAUGGAUUGAAAAAGAUUCCCUUGUCGCAUGGAAUUCACCAGUGACAGAUGCAAUUUUGAAAACCCUCAACGAAAAUGUAAACAUUUUUUAA